UGCAAUUUAAGCCACCACAGGAGCAGCCCUCUUAUUCAAAGACACUCCUCUUGAAGACUUCCAUCUGACAACAUUUCUCAACUCUUAAUCCCCUGGUGCUCGGGAAUUAUUUUUAGGAGUGUUCUUGGUCCCGUGGAAUUUGCCGUUUCAAUGAAGCCCAUCCUUUUUCACGGCUUCGCAUAGCUGUAAUCACUCUGGUCGACAGUGAAGGGAUUCUGCAUGAUCGCCUCUAGCAGGAAGAGGCUUUCCUCAAGUUCCCCUUUUCGGCAGGAGUUAAUCUUGACUUUGGAUGAGCUCCAAAAACACAACCGGGCGGAGAAAGUAAGCCGCAGCCAAGAAAUCUGCAUUUUCUUGUCAAGGGAGCCCAGAGAAAUACAGAAGACGUGAUUCCUGCACCCUAAAACAGGUUUUUUCGACCAUCUUAUUUCUUAGUCCUCCGACUCUGUAAGCUCCCGUUACAUCAUGAAUGUUAAUCUCACUGCUCCGGACAUCUCCAAUGCAUCCUUGACAUCCUCCACGGAUACCAGCUUGGAUGUGAGCAAGCUCAUGGACAUGCUUCAGAUCUUCUUCUACACAGUUCUGUUUCUACUUGGUUCCCUGGGCAAUGGAGCGGUGAUCUGGAUCACAGCCCGCCAGACUUCACGGACCAUCAGCUGUGUCUGGUUCUUCAAUCUAGCUCUGGCUGACUUUCUCUUCUCCGUCACCCGGAUUGUGCCCCUCUUGAAGAACGCUUUUAAUAGCGGGUGGCCCUUCGGAUGCUUCCUAUGCAAAGCCAACAGCUUCAUCAAGUAUCUCAACAUGUUUGGCAGCGUCUUCCUCUUAGCUGCCAUCAGCAUAGACAGAGCAGCAUGUGUAGCCUAUCCAAUAUGGACCAAAAGGCACCGGGGCAGUCGCUUGGCAUGGGUCGCUGCCAUCGGAGCUUGGUUAAUGGCCAUUGCCACAAGUGUUCCUUUCUACCUCUACCGCGGCAUAAAAAUUGACAAGUCCAACAAGGCCAAGUGCUCCUUUGCCCUGGAGGGAAACGAAACUGCCAAACUGGCCAUCUACAUGUUGAGACUGAUUUGUGGGUUCUUGGCCCCUUUCACCAUCAUUGCGAUCUGCUACGGCAUCAUCGUUGUGGUGCUGAGGAGACGACGGGCUUCCAUCCGUUCCAAGAAACCCUUCAGGGUCAUCCUGGUUCUUGUGGUCACGUUCUUCCUCUGCUGGGCGCCAUAUCACAUCUUCCAACUCCUCAAAUUGGCAAAGGUGGAAAGCCUAGGAAUUUCUAUUGGCCUCCCGCUCUCCUCCUUCCUGGCCUACCUCAACAGUUGUGCCAACCCUAUCCUUUAUUUUUUCAUGGGCGUGGACUUCCACCGAAAGCUGACUCUUUACAACAUAAGGGCUGCAUUCAGGAGAACCUUGUUCGAAGACAGUGGCACCUCAUUUAGGAGCAAAUACAGGAAGGAGAUGGCUUCUUCCACUGAAGAGAUACCUCAGUCUUCCGUGGUCUCUCAGACGCAUCGCAAAACCUCAACCCUUCCAAGUUCAGUUUAGGAAACUCGUGUGGAUUAGGAACUCAUGGGUGACAGGUGAAGAACAUAGAACAUAGAAUCAUAGAGCUGGAAGGGACCUUGGAAGUCAUCUAGUCCAGCCUCCUGCUCAAGGCAGGAGACCUUCUACUAUCCCAGUCAAAUGACUGUCCAGUCUAUUUUUGAA